AUGGUGAGCAUUCGAAGGCGCAGACUGUUAGGACUUUACUCUGGGCAAACUUGUUUCCUGGCCCCACUUCCCAAGUCUUCUGAAAAUGGAUAUACUUCUCAAAAUUGUGUGGAGAACACAAAACAGAGUGUCCAUCCCAUGCCUUUAAAUUAUAUUUACCUGCCAAAAGAGAAAACCACCUCAGAAACUUGCCCCACUUUGUCAAAGGUUUCUGCUUUUAGUCCAUUGAAAGAGGAGCCUGUCCAGCCAUUUCCAGUUUCAGAGUUUAAACGCAGAAAGCGACACAGGAGGAAGCACGUCGAAAACCAAGAACAGUGUAUUAUGAGAGGGGUGUAUUUCAAGAACAUGAAAUGGCAAGCUGCAAUUAAAGUUGACAAGAAACAAAUCCACUUGGGAACUGUUGGCUCUCAAGAAGAGGCUGCCCGAUUGUAUGACAGGGCUGCAUUCAUGUGUGGGAGGCAGCCCAACUUUGAACUAUCAGAGGAGGAAAAGCAAGAACUUAGGAAAUUUAAGUGGGAAGACUUUUUAGCCAUAACUCGUUCCGCAAUUACUAGCAAGAAGAGUCAGAAAAGAACUGAGCCAGGCUUUCACCGACAACCUCAUAACAAUGAAUGGGACGGUGAACAAGGAUCCGAAGAUGACCCUUUAGUCUCUUGA